AUGUCUUUUGCUGAUGAAAACAACGCCUAUGAUUGUCUUCUCAUGAAUGCUUUUGAAUCAUAUUCUCAGCAAUCACCUUCUGGUAUCCGUGCUGCUACUUCUACUGUGAGACACUUUGUUUGGAAUAUGACAGAAUACAAGCUUGUCUCUGAUGUUCGUCAGCUGGUUAAGUCAUUCCCAAAAGGUCGUCAGGGUAAUACUCUUGAUUUGGCGAGCAUGGUAUUGGAGCGUUUGUCGAGUGUCUUUGUCAGCAAGGUUUGCACAUUUCCAUCGUUUCAAUGUGAAAGAAAAGUGUCUUGCUCUAUGGAAAAAGCGCAUGCGUAUGCGAAAGAUGACUUUUUCUCAUUUAUCUACAUGCUCCCGACCAACAUCAUUAAUGAAAUGAGAGAUUGUCAUGGGUUUUUCAAUGAAGCGGCACUAGAUGCGAAAUUCAAUGACUUGUUCAGAGAGAAGGUGCUCGAGGAACACCAAAAAGGAAGAUGCAACGCUCCAAGAUGUGAUGGAGUCUCUACAUCCUUCAGAUCAUUACCUCAAGACAAUCAGUUUCCUAAGCUCAUGUUCGUACAAGAUGGUGCAAAUUUUGUCCUUGGCAGAACAGCCGGAAACAAUGUCUAUAUGCCAACAUACAUCCACGUUUCGCAGACCGUAAAAUAUAAACUGCACGGUAGAAUCUACUCGACUAGUUUUGAUGGUGUACACUUUUAUACGAGGUGUUAUAAAACAAUUGGUGGGAUUGUAUAUCUCGUGGAUAUUGACAAUUGGCAGCAACAACAAAUGAAGGUACUCACCUCGGAUUUGGACGUAGCAGAGCGUCUUCUAAAAGAUAUUUCCAAAACGGUAUAUGCAUGCUACAAAAGAGUAUAA